AUGGCGUGUUUUGUGGAGCAAAAUGGAAGCAUUUUUAAUGACGAUGAUGAUUUGUUCAGCGAUACAUCUACAAUGAAAUGCUAUUCAUAUGGAAAUUCAGGCAAAAUUCAACGUUAUGUCAAUUCGGCAACAUAUGUCGAGAACGAAAUUUACAGAAGCAGAGAUUUUGAGACAAAUUCAAAUUCCGGUAGCGAAGAAGAAGACCCGGCAUUUGAGGAUGACAAUAUCUCAUCAUAUACAUUUAAGAAAAUUUGUCGAAUUGAUAUGUCGCCAGAGGCUGAAGCAAAGAGACGUGAGGCAUAUGAUAAUUGGUUAAAGGCUGUAAAUGAACGUGAAAAAGAAAAGAAACGACGACAAAAGGAGAGAAUUGAGGCUGAACAUAAAAUGAAGCUUGAAAAGGAGGAAUAUAAGAAAUUUAAAAAUGAUGAGAAGGUAAAGGCAUGGAAUGAAAGAAAACGUCGCGAGGCGGAGAAGAAAAUUUGUCGUCUUAAUGACAUGAAGCAAGUCACUGAGAAGAAAGUGAAUGAAAAGCCAAAGGAAUUUAAGAAAGCUAUUCGAUUUGAGGAAUGGGUCACAAAAAAGAAUGAGGAAUACAAAGCUUUAAAGGCACAAAAGGCAGAGGAAAAAAUAAAAUUAAAGGAAUAUUCAAAGACACGUGAGACUGUCUCUGAUGUGGUCUUUAAGAAAUGGCUGAAAAAUUCUAAAAAUGUUGCUAAGCCUGUUCCAUUAAAUAGAGGAUUAGACAGCUUAAGAGGCUCAACGACAAAGCUUUAUGUCAAUCCGACUCCUUGGAAAUCAUUGGAGCAGUAA